AAUAGUAAACAAUUAUGAAACCGUAUAAAACGGUGAGAAAUUGGUACAGCGAUUCAGUUACACACCUAAAUCUGUUCUGUAUUUAGGGUAUAGUUUUAAAGAUGCAUCUUCAAUACACACUUAUCUUUAUUUUCAUUAAUCUCUAUUGUUUUACCUGCUCACCAUAUUAUGCAAAUAACCUUUCAAAACGCGGAGAAAAAUACUGUGGCAGUCGAUUAACUUCUAUGCUUAAUUUGGUAUGUCGAGGAAGGUAUUACGGACCAAGAAACACAAGAAGUACACAUAACGAUGUAAUGAACAUGGACAGUGACUUUGUAAAUAGCAUAGACUCAGAUUACAGCAACAACGAUGUAUUAUAUCCUUAUGUUUCAAAGGAUUCUGUACUCUCUCUUCUUCCCAAUAAGAUUCGAAAGUCACAUGGAAUUGUCAACGAAUGCUGCUAUAAUCCUUGUACGGUGGAUACCAUGAAAGAAUAUUGUGAUUACUAGAUCAAACGAACUUUGUGAAGAUUGUUUACUAAAACAUUUAUAUCAAGUUAUUUUAAUUAAUUUGUAAUAAAUUGCAUAAACAUUU